AUGCCUCGCUCUAAGCGCGCCCGCGUCGUCCACGAGACCAAGACCGCCAAAAAGUCCCACAAGGAACAGACCAGACGCCUGUACGCCAAUAUCCGGGAAUCUGUCGAGAAAUAUGACCACCUGUUCGUCUUCGGAGUUGAUAACAUGCGCAAUACCUACCUGAAGGAUGUGCGCACUGAGUUCGCUGAUAGCCGUCUCUUCUUCGGCAAGACCAAAGUCAUGGCCGUCGCACUGGGCCACAAUCCCGAAUCCGAAGCAGCCACCAACCUGCACAAGCUCGUCCCCUAUCUGACCGGUGCCGUCGGUCUCCUCUUCACCUCUCGCGAUCCCGAGUCCGUCACCAACUACUUCGAGACCUUCCGUCCCCUGGACUUCGCCCGUGCCGGAACAGUCAGCACCCGGUCCUUCAGCAUCCCGAACGGCCUUGUGUACUCGCGAGCCGGCGAGAUCCCCGCCUCAGAGGACGAGCCAGUCAGCCACACGAUCGAGCCCGAGCUGCGCAAGCUGGGCGUCCCCACCCGUCUCGUCAAGGGCAAGGUUAUGCUCGAGUUGACCGGUGGCCAGGAGGCAUUCCCCGUUUGCCGGGAGGGAGAGGUUCUCGAUUCGCGGCAGACGACGCUACUCAAGAUGUUCGGUGUUGCUACUUCUGAGUUCCAUGUUGCACUGAAGGCUUGCUGGACUCGGGAAAGUGGGGAGGUGAAGAUUCUUGAGAAGGAGCAGGGUGGUAUGGAGGUUGAGCAGUGA